AUGCAACUAUCGCGAACAGCCUACCGCGCCGCCCUCCUCCACCUCAGCGUAAACCCUCUGCUCACCCGCGCCUCAAUCCACCAACCCACCUGGAGCCUCACCACGGCAGCACCCCAAACCCCAACCUCACGCCUCUACACAAUUCUCUUCCCCCAGUGCAACACAAGACAAGCACACACAAUGCCCUCCUCAACCCCCGAAACCAACACCAACAAACCCAACCAAGAGCCCUCGUCCCAGCCCCAAAAUUCCGGCUCAGAACAAGCGCAAGAGCAACUCUACCUCCCCGAAACCGCCUCCGCAGAAGAAGGCCAACCAAAGCAGCUUCGCCUAGACCUCGGUGCGGACGGCGGCGUCUCGCUAGACCAUCUCGGUCCCAUGGUUGUGAAUGUCGACGGGACGUUGUCGCGGAUCGGAAAUUGGGAUCAGAUGACGGAGAUGGAGCAGAAGAGUACGCUGCGAGUGCUUGGGAAGCGGAAUAAGCAGCGGCUUGAGGCGUUGAAGGCACAGGGCGUGGAGUAG